UUCAGUUUUAACGUAUUCUAUCGUUAAGAGCCAAUAUGAGCGGUCGCGGAAAGGGAGGAAAGGGAUUGGGAAAAGGAGGAGCCAAGCGUCAUCGUAAAGUUCUUCGUGACAACAUCCAGGGGAUCACCAAACCAGCAAUCCGUCGUCUCGCUCGUCGAGGUGGAGUGAAACGUAUCUCUGGUUUAAUUUACGAAGAGACUCGUGGUGUUCUCAAGGUCUUCCUUGAGAACGUCAUUCGUGAUGCUGUUACCUAUACAGAACACGCCAAGAGGAAGACUGUUACGGCUAUGGACGUUGUCUAUGCUCUGAAACGUCAAGGCCGUACUCUUUACGGUUUUGGAGGUUAAGCUCAAUACAAGGAAAAAUUACAAUCGGCCCUUUUCAGG